AGGACAUCAGAAACAGAGAGACGGGAGUAGAGUAGACCCAGCCUGCGAGCUUGCAGAUCAAUGGCGGCCUCCUUGAUGUCUUCCUCGGCCUUGAAGCCUCCUGCUCCAGCGUCGCUCGAGAGGCUCCGAGUCAACGGCGUCCCUGCUCUCGUAAGCAGGUCAUCAUCUUCCUCUCGCCUCAAGGUCGAAGCCAAGGGAGGGAAGCUCAAGACUGACAAGCCCUACGGGAUCAAUGGAGGAAUGGCUCUGCCUAGUGGCCUCGAUGCAUCUGGGAGAAAGCAAAAGGGAAAGGGUGUUUACCAGUUUGUGGACAAGUAUGGUGCCAACGUCGACGGCUACAGCCCAAUCUACAACACAGAUGACUGGUCUCCCAGUGGCGAUGUCUACGUUGGAGGAUCGACGGGGCUGUUGAUCUGGGCGGUGACUCUCGCCGGAAUUCUCGCCGGCGGCGCUUUGCUCGUGUACAACACCAGUGCUCUCGCGCAGUAAAAAUAAUUAUAAAUAAAUGGGUUGUAUUAUGCUUCUCCAAUAGACUUCGCUCAUCCACUGUAUAUCAAUGUAACAAGUCUCCUUUGCCUAAUAUAAGUUUAAAAGUUUAAAAAAAAAAUCUUGUUUUUUUUUUUUGGUUAUUUCUCAUCAUGGAUAUCAACCACUUUACCUAAAUCUAUUACAAAUUCA